AUGCUAAAAAAUUUUGUUUGUUUCAUAUUUCUGAUUUGUUUGCUAUAUCAAGUUUUAUGUUUUUUAAAAAUAAAAAAAAUAAAAUUGAAAAUGCUAAAAAUAAAUACAGCUUCUUCACCACAUUUGGAAGGUGAAAUAUAUAUUCGACCAGAAAGUUCUAAAUAUGAAAAAUUUGGUAGGCCUGUUAACGAUCUAAUAUUACGAGUAAUAGAAAACAAAGAUAAAGAAAUUGAUGAAAAAGAUGAAAAAAAUAAUGAAAUUCCUUUUUGGAUGAUGAGGCAAUCAGGACGGUAUUUACCAGAAUAUAGAGAACUAAAAAAAAAUUAUAAUUUUUUUGAUUUAUGUUAUAAUCCUGAAUUAUCAUCAAAUAUCACAAUAAUGCCAUAUAAAAGAUUUUUAUGUGAUAUGGUUGUUAUAUUUUCUGACAUAUUAAUAAUAUUUAUAGCUAUGGGUAUAGAUAUAAAAUUUGUUGAAAAUGUUGGACCAAUAUUUAACAAAGAAAUAAAUAACUUAGACGAUUUUAAAAAAUUAAACUUAAAUUUAAAAGAAAUAAUAAAUAAUUUACACUUUGUUUAUGAUUCAAUUAAUUUGACAAAAAAAAAAAUUAAUAAUUCAGUUCCAGUUCUUGGUUUUUGUGGAUCGCCAUUUACUUUAUUUACAUAUUUAACAAAAGAUAAUGCAUCUAAAUUGAAGCCCUAUGAAAAUAGCUUAAAAUUAAUAUAUGAAAAUAGUGAAGAUACACAUCAAAUUUUAAAUAUUCUAUGUAAUAUAUGUAUUAGUCAUUUAUUAAAUCAAAUAGAUGGUGGGGCUAAUCUAAUUCAGAUUUUUGACAGUAAUGCUGAAAUUGUUGAUAAAAAUAUAUUUAAAGAAUUUAGUUUAUAUUAUAUAAAUAAAAUAGUUCAAGCUAUUAAAACAUAUAGACCUAACACUUAUAUUAUUUUAUUUGUUAAAGACAAUUUUCAUGAAAAUAUUAAAAAUCUUGAUAUAGAUAUAUUAUCAAUUACCCAUAAACAGCUAAUUAAUAAUGGCUCAAACUAUUAUUAUGAUUUAUUUCAAAAUAAAAUUAUUUUACAAGGAGCAUUAGAUCCACAUAUACUACUAUUAGACAAUAAAGAAAAUGUUCAAAAAUAUACCUCAAAAAUGAUACAACAAAUUUCAUACAAAAAUAAAUAUAUAGCUAAUUUGGGGCAUGGUAUACUUCCAAAUUCUAAAAUUGAAAAUGUUUAUGCAUUUAUUCAAGCAGUUAAAUCUGUGAAAUAA